AUGCAUAUGCAGAGCUGUUGCAUGGUGAUGAGACUCAACCUAGACUGCAACGCUUGUUGCAGGAAGACAAGGAGAAUCAUCCUCCAAAUGAAAGGGGUGGAGACGCAUAUGAUAGACAAGCAGCAGUGCACGGUGACGGUCUGCGGGAGAUUCAGGGCGUCGGAUGUGGCGAUUAAGCUGAGGAAGAAGAUGAAGCGCAGGGUUGAAAUCCUUCAUAUCGAAGAGGAGGACGACUACGGCGGCGACGGCCAGCAGCACGAUCAUCCACCACCUGAUCAUCAUCAAGACAUUAAUAUGAGUCAUCAUCCCCUUCAUCACCCAGCCUUCAUUGCUACCGCUAAUGGCGACUGAUCCAUAGUGAAAACCUGUCACCUGCACAUAGAAGUAUGUAGACAGUCACAGACAAAACACAUGUCUUGUACAUAAAUAGAC